AUGGACACCAAAACGCGCACGCUGCUGGGUGGCGUCUACGCCGGCAUGGGCGUCGCUAUGGCCGCUGCCGCCAAGUUCGACUGGCUGCCGAAAGGCGCAGUCGCCGCCUUCCUCUCGCUCGUGUGGCUGGGCUUCGUGCUUGCGAUCUCGUGCACAGAGUCGUGGGUGAAGUUUCGCGCGCCGUUCGUGCCGCGUCACUUGGCGCUGGAUGUGGGCCGCACGAUGUUUGCGGCGCUCAAUUCGGUGGAGAUUGGGCUUUGCGUGGCGCUCUGGGCGCUGCACUUUUUCGUCCCGUCUGCCGAGUACGACGCCGUGUGGCGUCUCGUUUUCGCUUCGUUCCUUGUGGCCGUGCAGGUUGCGUGGCUGUACCCCAAGCUGGAGCUCACGGCCGAGUAUGUGUUGUACGAAGAGCUCAAGGAACUCGACGUGGACAAGUUGUCGUUCAACCAGAAGAUGCGGCUCGGGGAAAUGCGCCACAAGGUCCAGAUCCAGAGCAAACCGGCCACGAUCUACCACAUGCUGUAUACGGGGGCUGAGGUGCUCAAGGCGAUCACGCUCGUUAGUUUCGCGCUGCACUUUCUCACGGACAUACAAGCGUGA